CGGAGCCUGGCUGAGGUGGCCCCGCCGCGGCGUUCCCCGCUCAGUGCCUGCUGCUGGCCGGCUCCCCUCUGCAGGCUCUCGCCCUGUCCGCUCGCCCGCCUGGAGCCGCGAGGAUGGUGCUGCCUGACGAAGAGCGCGCUGCGGGGCUGUACCGGGCGCCCCCAGAACUCGUGCGGCAGGCGCAUGUGCCCUCCUUGGAAAAGUACAGGGAGCUUUACCGCCGCUCGGUGGAGGAGCCGCAGGAAUUUUGGGGUGAUAUCGCCAAAGAAUUUUACUGGAGAAGCCAACACAGUGGACCAUUUCUGCAGUACAACUUUGAUGUCACUAAAGGAAAAAUCUCCAUUGAAUGGAUGAAAGGGGCUACAACUAACAUUUGCUACAAUCUGCUGGACAGAAAUGUCUACGAGAAUAAACUUGGGGACAAAAUAGCUUUUUACUGGGAAGGAAAUGAACCAGGGGAUAACAUGAAGAUCACCUACAAUGAGUUGCUGUGUAAAGUCUGCCAGUUUGCCAAUGUUCUUCAGGAGCAAGGCGUGAAGAAAGGAGACAGAGUUUCUAUCUACAUGCCGAUGAUUAUUGAACUGGUGAUAGCUAUGCUUGCCUGUGCCAGAAUUGGAGCACUUCAUUCCAUCGUGUUUGCAGGUUUUUCGGCAGAGUCCCUUUGUGAGAGGAUCCUUGAUUCUCGCUGUUCUCUUCUCAUUACUGCAGAUGCCUUUUAUAGAGGUGAUAAACUGAUUAACCUGAAGCAGAUAGCAGAUGAAGCCUUGCAGAAAUGUAAAGACAAAGAUGCUCCUCUGCGAAGGUGCAUUGUGGUCAAGCAUUUAGGGAGGGAAGAGCUGUUAUCAGAUGGGCCCAGCAGCAAAUCUCCACCUCUUAAGAGACUCUGUCAAAGUGUGCAGGAAAAAAAGGCUGAGAGCUCAAAGAAAGUCCACCCCAAGAUUCCUUGGGAUUCAGAAGUAGACAUUUGGUGGCAUGACAUUAUGAAAAAUGCUAGCAAAGAGUGUGAGCCUGUUUGGUGUGAUGCAGAAGAUGAAUUGUUUAUUCUCUACACUUCUGGAUCAACAGGGAAACCAAAGGGUGUUGUACAUACUAUAGGUGGAUAUAUGAUUUUCACUGCUGCUACAUUUAAAUAUGUGUUUGACCACCAUCCUGAGGACAUUUACUGGUGCACAGCUGACAUUGGAUGGAUAACUGGCCAUUCCUACCUCACAUAUGGGCCUUUGGCAAACGGGGCAACCAGUAUUUUAUUUGAAGGGCUUCCCAUUUACCCAGAUGUUGGCCGCAUGUGGAGCAUCAUUGACAAAUACAAGGUGACCAAGUUCUACACAGCACCCACCGCCAUCCGCCUCCUUAUGAAGUAUGGAGAAGAACCUGUUAGGAAGUACAGCAGGAAGUCUCUGAAGGUGUUAGGAACGGUUGGGGAACCAAUAAACCCAGAAGCUUGGCUGUGGUACUAUAGGGUUGUGGGAGAAGAGAGAUGCCCUAUAGUGGAUACCUUCUGGCAGACAGAAACAGGUGGCCAUGUGUUGACUCCUCUCCCUGCCGCCAUACCUAUGAAGCCAGGCUCUGCAACAUUCCCUUUCUUUGGGGUGGUUCCUGCAGUGCUGGAUGAAGCUGGGGAAGAGCUGGAAGGAGAAGCAGAAGGCUACCUGGUUUUUAAGCAACCCUGGCCUGGAAUAAUGCGCACCGUGUACAAAAAUCACCAGCGAUUUGAGACCACUUAUUUCAAGAAGUUUCCUGGUUACUAUGUGACCGGAGAUGGCUGCAAAAGAGAUAAAGAUGGUUAUUAUUGGAUCACAGGUCGAAUUGAUGACAUGUUGAAUGUUUCAGGGCAUUUGCUUAGUACUGCGGAAGUCGAAUCAGCUCUGGUAGAACACUCUGCUGUUGCGGAGGCAGCCGUCGUAAGCCACCCGCAUCCGGUGAAGGGAGAGUGCCUCUACUGUUUUGUGACUCUAAGGGAUGGUCACGAAUUCACAAAGACUUUGAUGGAGGAACUGAAGAAGCAAGUUAGAGAAAAGAUUGGACCUAUUGCAACUCCAGACUAUAUUCAGCAUGCUCCUGGUCUGCCUAAAACCCGUUCAGGUAAAAUUAUGCGGCGAGUAUUAAGGAAGAUUGCCAAAAAUGAUCGGGAGCUGGGAGAUACCUCAACUGUGGCAGACCCAGCGGUUAUAAACCACCUUUUCAACAAUAGGUGUGAAACAAUACUGUAGCAAGGUCAUACCAGAGAAAAGAGCAGCAGAACAGGAAACUUGGCGAGAAAAUGGGCCCCAUCCACACAAUGACUGUAUUCUUCAAGGCAGAAAAGUUGCCCCAAGCUGAGCAGAAUGUAAGAUACUGUAAAUGAAGAGAAGAAACUGGUGCUCCAAGAUCCAGUCCUUAUGUUGUAUUGUAGCUGUCUGUGUCCCUGCAGAAUUGUGUGCAUUAUGUUGUAGACCAAUACUGCAAAUAUCUGAAAUUCCAGCCUCAUUCAUGUUGUGCAGAACAACUUAAUAUUUUAACCAUUUCAUAGGUUUUCUGGUUUUAUUUUUAUUUUUUAACCUGUUGCAACGGACAGAAUUUAGAAAGCACAGGUAUUUAUCUGGAAACAUGGCCUUGCUCCUGAACUGUAUUUACAGGCCUCCAAAAGCCUUGGAAAACCAACAGACUGGUCAGGUACCCUCAUGCUGAGGCAGAGUUAUUGGAACAAAACUUUUAGCAAUCUGGCAUUUAGUUUAAAAAUCUCUGAAUAGUACUCUGGCUGUGUGUCAUAGACUAUGGGAACUUUUAGAGAAUUGUCAUGAAACUGUCACAUUGGAAAAACAUUAACUUUACUUGAUUUUAGUCUGGAGUUAACUGUUGGUGGCUGUAAAUCUUCCUUCCCAAGGGGGGCAGUGUGUCUAGGUAUUUGGGGGUUUUGUAGCAUGAAGAGUUUGUAUGUAAGUGCAUAGCUGAAUUUUCCCAGAGAAUUGUUCCUUACUGUUGGUGGAUAUUAUUUGCAGGAGGUGAUAGCCAUGAAAUGCUGAGUUCAGCAUCUGGCUGUUCUGUACAGAGGCUGGCUCUCAGAUUUGCUGUGGGGUUGUUGCAAUGCUGGAACUGGUUGAAUCUGAACAGUAAGAGGACUCUUCAUUCAAGUGGUAUGUUGUAGAUAUCCAAGGAACUUUAAAGCAGCAUCAAUUCAGCGAUGUCCUUCUCCAUGUGAGGCACACAGUUACAUGGGGAAAAGUGUGAAUUGUGUUGUAUAUGGAUAAUCAUAGUGAUUCUUGUUGGCGAUUGUGACAGCUAGAAAGAACUACUGCAAUUGUGGAAAUUACUUCCAACUAUAUAGCCAAUUUAUGCUUCUGUUUCUUCACAUGAUGGUGCAUGUGUGACCAAAAACAAGAUGCUUGCUUGUGAGGGGGGAAAAUACCCCUGUGUACUAGCCCGUGCAAGAGGUAUCCUUUCUCAGAGUCAGAGGAAUACAGCCAUAGUUGACAACCCACCAAAGUCAUCAUGAAGGUCAGCAAAAUUUGGUCCUUCUUGGAUGUUCAGUUCCUCAAUGAGGUGGCAUAGAAAAAAAUGAUCAAAUCAGGUGUAGGAGGAAAUGUGAUGCAAGUGACUAAUGGAGGAAACAAACCCCUCUAGUAAAUACAGAUGACAAGGAUAAUCUUCAUGUUUCAGCAAACUAAUAAAAGUAUACAAUUGCAAUAACUGACGAUUAGUGAAUGAUCUGAGGGUGUGCUUCCUCUGUGACUUUGUAUGGGAAAAGCCAUGCUUGUAAACUUCUAUCAAAAGCUAGGUGUUAAAUCUUGGCUUUGAUAGCAGUGUUGUACCAUCCAAAAUUGUCUGCUUUGCCCAUGUAAUAGUUUGCAAAUUGAAACUGCCUAAAACAGUACAUCCCACAAACCAUAUCUUUGAGACGAUGAAUAUUGCCCUGAUCUUGGCUCAUCUCUCAUUCCUUACCUGCUGUUUCGUAUUGUAAAUGCACUUGUCUGGUCUGCAACAUCUGUGUAUAUUUAACCCCCAUAAUUCUACAGCAUUAAAGCUAGGCCAGUGGCUGCUAUGUGCUGUUAAUAGGAAACAAGUCCUUUACUUUUAAUCUUGGUCCGAUAUGUAUUUUUGGUUGGAAAAUGGCUAGAUUUGUUUUUAAUUGAAAUAAAAAUCAAAGAAAUAAACCUAUAAAUACUUGAA